AAUUUGGUAUAUGGGUCCCACGGACAGAGGGGGUGAGCAGCCAGUGAUCCACCGGCAUCAUGGCUUCCACAUUGGUGUUUUUAGCACACCCUAGAAGAAAAUAGCCAUUCAUUGUUGAAAAUCUGAGGCCAUUCUAGUCUCAUAUUGGGACUGAGGGUCCGUGCCGCCCUCUUCUCUCCCUCGACCGCCUCUAGAAGGAGGAUCUUCAGUGUUUUUAUUGUGAGUUUUCAUCCAUAAAUCGUGGAAGAUGGCCGACGUACCGGCGGAGUGCACCAUCAAAGUGAUGUGCCGUUUCAGGCCCUUGAAUAGUUCAGAAGUGACCAGAGGGGACAAAUACAUACCCAAGUUUCAAGGGGAAGACCAUGUGGUCGUCGGGAGCAAACCGUUCCAGUUUGACAGAGUGUUCCAGCCCAAUACGACACAGGAGCAAGUAUACAACGCCUGCGCCCAGAAGAUCGUCAAAGAUGUUCUGGAGGGGUACAACGGGACAAUAUUUGCGUAUGGACAGACGUCAUCCGGCAAAACCCACACAAUGGAGGGAAACCUUCAUGACACAGAUGGGAUGGGGAUCAUCCCCAGGAUAGUACAGGACAUCUUUAACUACAUCUACUCUAUGGAUGAGAACCUGGAGUUCCACAUCAAGGUUUCAUAUUAUGAAAUUUACUUGGACAAGAUUCGGGACCUCUUGGAUAUGUCAAAGACCAACCUGUCAGUGCAUGAAGACAAAAACAGAGUUCCCUAUGUCAAGGGAUGCACUGAGAGAUUUGUCUGCAGCCCAGAGGAAGUCAUGGACACCAUUGAUGAAGGCAAAUCUAACAGACAUGUAGCAGUUACAAACAUGAAUGAGCACAGCUCCAGAAGUCACAGUAUCUUCCAGAUCAACGUGAAGCAGGAGAACACUGCUACAGAGCAGAAACUGAGCGGAAAGCUCUACCUCGUCGACCUGGCUGGAAGUGAAAAGGUCAGUAAGACUGGGGCGGAGGGAGCCGUGCUGGACGAGGCCAAGAACAUCAAUAAGUCUCUGUCUUCUCUGGGCAACGUCAUCUCAGCCCUGGCAGAAGGCUCUGGUUAUAUCCCGUACAGAGACAGUAAAAUGACCAGAAUCCUUCAGGACUCUCUGGGGGGGAACUGUAGGACCACCAUUGUUAUCUGUGCCUCUCCCUCUGCCUACAACGAGUCAGAGACCAAGUCCACCCUCAUGUUUGGACAGAGAGCGAAGACCAUUAAGAACACAGUGUGUGUGAACGUGGAGCUGACGGCAGAACAGUGGAAGAAGAAGUAUGAGAGGGAGAAGGAGAAGGGCAAGGCCCUGAGGAACACCAUCACCUGGCUGGAGAAUGAGCUCAACCGCUGGAGGAACGGUGAGAGUGUGCCGGUGGACGAGCAGUUUGACAAGGAGAAGGCCCAGGCUGAGGUGCUGGCCCUGGACAAUGUGCCCAACGACAAGCCUGCCUCUACCCCCAACAUGCCCCAGCUCCGUCUGACCGAUGCAGAGAAGGACAAGUGUGAGGGGGAGCUGGCCAAGCUUUACAAGCAGCUGGAUGAUAAGGAUGAUGAGAUAAACCAGCAGAGCCAGCUGGCUGAGAAGCUCAAGCAGCAGAUGUUGGACCAGGAGGAGCUGCUGGUGUCAUCGCGACGCGACCAUGACAACCUGCAGUCAGAGCUGAAUCGCCUGCAGGCUGAGAACGAGGCUUCCAAGGAUGAGGUGAAGGAGGUGCUGCAGGCCCUGGAGGAGCUGGCUGUUAACUACGACCAGAAGAGUCAGGAGGUGGAGCAGAAGACCACGGACUUUGAGAUGCUCAGCGAAGAGCUCAACCAGAAAUCAAACGUCCUGACGUCCAUUGACUCUGAGCUGCAGAAAGUGAAGGAGAUGACCAACCACCAGAAGAAGAGGACCAGUGAGAUGAUGUCAUCACUACUCAAAGACCUGGCAGAGAUUGGCAUCGCCGUGGGCAGCAACGACAUCAAGCAACACGAGGGCAGUGGUCUGAUAGACGAGGAGUUCACGGUGGCUCGUCUGUACAUCAGUAAGAUGAAGUCGGAGGUGAAGACCAUGGUGAAACGCUGUAGACAGCUGGAGAGCAGCCAGUCAGAGAGCAACCAGAAGAUGGACGAGAACGACCAGGAGCUGGCCGCCUGUCAGCUGAGGAUACAACAGCACGAGGCUAAGAUCAAGUCUCUGACAGAGUACCUUCAGAACGUGGAGCAGAAGAAGAGACAGCUGGAGGAGAACGUUGACUCUCUGAACGAGGAACUGGUCAAGAUCAGUGCCCAGGAGAAAGUCACAGCCAUGGAAAAGGAGAACGAGAUCCAAUCUGCUAAUGAGGUCAAGGAGGCUGUGGAGCAGCAGAUCGCUGGUCACCGUGAGGCCCAUCAGAAACAGAUCAGCAGCCUGAGAGAUGAACUGGACAGGAAGGAACACCUCAUGACUGAACUGCAGGAUCUGAACCAGAAGAUCAUGCUGGAACAGGAGCGCCUCAGGGUGGAACACGACAAACUCAAGUCCACUGACCAGGAGAAGAGCCGGAAGCUACACGAGCUCACGGUGAUGCAGGACAGGAGAGAGCAGGCCAGACAGGACCUGAGGGGACUGGAGGAGACUGUGGCCAAGGAGCUCCAGACCCUGCACAACCUGAGGAAGCUGUUUGUCCAGGACCUGGCUACCCGAGUGAAGAAGAGUGCUGAGAUGGACUCUGAUGACACAGGAGGCAGCGCAGCUCAGAAACAGAAGAUCUCCUUUCUGGAGAACAACCUGGAGCAGCUUACCAAGGUUCACAAACAGCUGGUGCGUGAUAAUGCAGACUUGCGCUGUGAGCUUCCUAAACUGGAGAAGCGUCUCCGUGCUACGGCUGAGCGGGUCAAGGCCCUGGAGUCGGCGCUGAAGGAGGCCAAAGAGAACGCCGCACGCGACCGCAAACGCUACCAGCAGGAGGUGGACCGCAUCAAAGAGGCCGUCAGAGCCAAGAACAUGGCCAGGAGGGGCCACUCCGCUCAGAUCGCCAAACCCAUUCGUCCUGGCCAGCCCCCAGUGGCAUCCCCCACCCACCCAAAUGUGAACCGUAGCGGAGGGGGUUUCUAUCAGAACAGCCAGACCGUGGCCAUCAGGGGAGGAGGAGGCGUGAAGCCAGACCAGAACUGAGGACAGGAUGGGGCGUGACCACAGAAGAAGCAGAAGGAUAUCACCCUGACAACCUGUCAUCCCAUUACAGCCAUUGGCUCCUUGCAGGGUAUAUAUUAGAGUGAGGGAGGAGUUUUAAUAUAAAUAUAUAAAUAUUCAUUGCCUGUACAGAUCCACCUACCCUCAUGUUUCUUCUCUCUGAAACAAACAUGAACUACAGAAAUGAAUUGAAUAUACAAAACAACAUCCACCAACCACAGAGUCUUGGUGUUAUGAACGACAUGUGACUUGAAUGUGUAGCUUUGUUUCGUUGCACAGUUUGUUGUCAUCUGUGUCUUAAGGUUUAGUCUGCACUGUGCCAAGUUGAAUGUACUGUAACCAGGAUUUCAGAAGAGGUGAGAGGAAAACAUGUAAAGCGACUGGGGAAAAGAAAGAAAGAAAAAGAUGAUUGAUAACACAGAUGUUAUUUCACUAAUCUCUUGUACAACACAUUUCCUUAUUGUUCUCCUGGUUGUACAACACUUCUUUCUCUGAAUAGAUUUUACAAGCUUGUUAUUCGGUCUGAACCGAAUAGAUGGCCAUCGAGCACUACUGUCCUGUCGUACCGGUGUAACAUGGCACUGCUUCCUUACGAGGUGGUUGGAUUUGAAAUGCCAAGAGGUGGGACUACAGUGUGGAUCUAUUUCAUGACAGAAAACCUGUAGUGGCCAUUGUUUUUUAGAGUAAGGAAGAUAAAGCGACAUGCGGGUGAGGUGGCUACAUAAAACAUAUGUGAGAAGGAAAGAGGAGUCCGAUCAGGAGCGAGCUGUCAUGUCUGCGUCCCAUAACGACACCCUUUCCCUUAUAUAGUGCACUUCUUUUCAACAGGACCAAUAGGGCUCUGGUCAAAAGUAGUGCACUAUAUAAGGAAUAUUGUUAUAUUUGGGACACUACCUAUACCUUAUCACAGCCUAUUUAGUCAAUUUUAAUGUGCUGUUUUUAUCGGUUUUAAAUGCCGGGUUGUUAUUUAUCUAUCUGCACAUAGGAGCACAUGCAUAGACUACUGGUCCACUGAGAUAGAUGGCCCACACAUGCUUGUCCUGUCCUAGCUAGGUCUUCUGAUCCAUUCAUCACCUUUGCCCUGACCUCCUCUCUAAUCAAACCAAGGAUAUUGGCUGGUUGCUGUUUUUCAUUUUCUGUUUCUAGUAUCUUAUUGUUAUCAAGGGGCUCCCAUGUGGUGCCCUCCCUGUCAUGUGAAGUGGAUUAAACAAAGUUAAUCAACUAUGCUAUUGGAUACUGAUAUAUUUUAUCCAUCCAUCUAUUUUGUUUGAAUCAAUACUUUUCCCAGAGCCUUAUAUUGAGAAUGAGACUUUUCCAAAAAUAUAUAUUUUUAAAUGAUCUGUAUCUCUAAGGCUAACAGUUACUACCCAUAGAGUCAGCUCUAAUGCUAACAGUUACUACCCAUAGAGUCAGCUCUAAGGCUAACAGUUACUACCCAUUGAGUCAGCUCUAAGGCUAACAGUUACUACCCAUUGAGUCAGCUCUAAGGCUAACAGUUACUACCCAUUGAGUCAGCUCUAAUGCUAACAGUUACUACCCAUUGAGUCAGCUCUAAUGCUAACAGUUACUACCCAUUGAGUCAGCUCUAAGGCUAACAGUUACUACCCAUUGAAUCAGCUCUAAUGCUAACAGUUACUACCCAUUGAGUCAGCUCUAAUGCUAACAGUUACUACCCAUUGAGUCAGCUCUAAGGCUAACAGUUACUACCCAUCGAGUCAGCUCUAAUGCUAACAGUUACUACCCAUUGAGUCAGCUCUAAGGCUAACAGUUACUACCCAUUGAGUCAGCUCUAAUGCUAACAGUUACUACCCAUUGAGUCAGCUCUAAGGCUAACAGUUACUACCCAUUGAGACAGCUCUAAUGCUAACAGUUACUACCCAUAGAGUCAGCUCUAAUGCUAACAGUUACUACCCAUUGAGUCAGCUCUAAUGCUAACAGUUACUACCCAUAGAGUCAGCUCUAAGGCUAACAGUUACUACUUAUCGGUAGAUUGCUGUGGAUUGCUGUACUGUAUCUGUCUGUAAAUUGGAUCUGGAUUGGUUGGUUGGGAUGGCAGUGUUUGAUUGGCCCACCUUUGCCACUGAUCAGCCAGUCAGAUGAGCGGGGCCUUGGGUUAGGAAGGAGAAUAGGGUAUCCAGUUUUAUAUUUCCCCCACUGAUGGUAAAGGUUAGGAUUGGGGGAAGGGAAACUGAUCCUAGAUCUGCACCUAGGGAAAACGUCACCCUGGAGCGGGUGGGGAACAUAGUUUGGUUUAGUCUGCUGGUAAACUAAGGCUUCGUGUGAAAUACCAGCCUAUUCCCUAUAUAGUGGGCUUUCAUACUCAGCCUAUCCUAAAGAAUAUGAUUUAUUCAUCAAAUAUCUAGUCAGGAGCCAAGGACUAUACAGAUAGAUUUGACACUUCUUCUCUUUCAUUUUUUAAAUGUCUUCCCGAAUCCCCUUUAUAUAUGAGAGUCAAAUGUUUUCUCUUGAUUUUAUGUCCUGGUGUAAAUUCUGAAACAUUUGCAAAAACAUUGCUGUGAUUGUAGCUCAGCAUGAAUCAAACCACCGACAUCUUGUGAGUCCAAUAUGAUUAUACUGUAUAUCAACAAUAUAUUGUUCGGUGUGACCAGGGUUGAAUCUUUUGAAUAGUCUUUAGCCAUGACAAGGUGAUGGUGUUUAUGAAAUGAACUUUUGUUGUCUUGGGAGGAUUAUACACACAAAUUGAUAGCACUUCAGAACUCUUCUCCACAUACACCUGUGCUUUAAUGUAAACCUAACAUUAGGUUCCCUUUUAAAACAUCAUACCUGUGGUAACUUAUGAGGGGGAAGUGUAAAGCAUUUUCAAAAGUCUGAUAAAUGUAACUUAAAUGUAUGUAACUUUGUUUACGUGAUUGGCAUAGUGGUCUAUUUGCUGUUAUUAGAGGCUAGUUUGGGAGAGGCUAGUUUGGGAGAGGUAGGUAGGCUAUACCUAUGACAGGACAAUGCUUUCCGUCUAUCACGUUUUCCUCUUUCUAUCUUUUAGAACAGUAAACACUACCUUAUCCUUACCUGCCCAGGGUUCUACUGAUAUGGAUUUAAUGGAUAUUAAAUAGAAAAGUCUAGAACAAGAAGCACAGUAACAGCCAUUUGUCCAUGGCGUUUAUCAACCAAAUUAAUUUGUUUGCAUUGAUUCUAAAGAAAAGCGUAGCCACUUUUUUAUUACUGUGUAAUAGUUACUCAACCAUUUCUAAUUUACAGAUAAGGACAAAGGUACUGGAUCAUUCCUAGGGUUCUGUCCCAAAUCGCAUCCUAUUUCCUAUGUAGGGCACUACUUUGUACAUAGGGAAUAGGGUUCCAUUUGGGACGGAACCAUAGAGAACUGGGCCACAAUCGCAGCGCUCUGAUUGGAGGAGGAGGGGAGGUUAAAGGUUAAUGAGGAUGUCACCUUUUUGGAUUGACUGCAUGUAUGUGUGAUUAAAUCAUUAUGAGAAAAACAUA